UCCGCUAGUGAACGGACCGUGAUUUAAGAGCGCCGAACACUGAGCAGCGUGACCUAUAUUCCACAGCGACACACACACUCCCUCCCCCCCUUCUUCCUAUGGCGCCCUCUACGCAGCUCCUGGCCCGCGUUGCAGCUCCGCGCCUCGGCUGACGCUGCGCGGCCAAGCGGGAGGCGCCACCAGGGACACUGCGGACGGCGAGCCGGGCUGAGCGCCUGCCAAGCGGCGGAAGGAGAGGCCCGUGGACGCCGCACAGCCGCGAACCCCCAACCCGCUCGUUCCUCCGCCGCUUCGGCGGCAGCAGCAGCAGCAGCAGAGCGCGUCGCGGGCCCGCCGCCCCCACAGCGAGGACCGGAGGAAGCGCAGCGACCGAGGAGCCGCGGAGGGAUACGCAGCGCGUGCGGCAUGGCGAGGGACUACGAUUACCUCUUUAAACUGCUCAUCAUCGGCGAUAGCGGGGUGGGGAAAAGCAGUCUACUCCUACGCUUUGCAGACAACACGUUUUCAGGGAGCUACAUCACCACCAUUGGUGUCGACUUUAAGAUUCGGACAGUGGAGAUCAACGGUGAGAAGGUGAAAUUGCAGAUCUGGGACACGGCGGGUCAGGAGCGCUUCCGGACCAUCACAUCCACGUACUACAGGGGCACCCAUGGUGUUAUAGUGGUGUAUGACGUUAGCAGCGCAGAAUCCUUUGUCAACGUGAAGCGAUGGCUGCAUGAAAUCAACCAGAAUUGUGACGAUGUCUGCAGGAUAUUAGUUGGUAACAAGAAUGAUGAUCCCAACUCCAAAGUGGUGGAAACAAAUGACGCCCAGAAAUUUGCAGAGCAAAUGGGGAUCCAACUCUUUGAGACGAGCGCGAAAGAAAACAUCAACGUAGAGGAUAUGUUCAACUGCAUUACAGAGCUGGUUUUGAAAGCCAAAAAGGAGGUUCUGGCCAAGCAACAGCAGCAUGACGAUGUGGUCAAACUGACCAAGAACAGCAAGCGGAAGAAGAAGUGCUGCUGACAGACGGAGGAAACUCGGUCACCGCACGCAACGGAUGGAUGGCGAGAGGGAGAAGCGAACAGAGGAGCACGAACGCCUUGGAAAUGAACUUCAACAAACUAAAUUAAUAUAUUAAAAAAAUAAAAAGGUUAAAUAAAGGAAUUAUGGAAAAUGAAGGAAAAACAUCAGUCCCUUUUGGACUGAAUGAAUCUUAAGACUUGUAUGGAUAGAUUCACUUUUUUCUUUUUUUUUUUUUUUUUUUUUUUCCUCCCCCUUUUCCAUAACACACCAGUUAUUUAAUAAACCAGUCCUGGAUUGGAGAACUUUCAGGAAGCUCUGGCUAUUUCUGCAUCAUUGUGUAUUCUCUUCUGCACUCUCCUCAUUCCUGGAUUUUCAAGGAGUUGUGUCUGAAGGCCAGGGCUUUUUUUUUUUUUUUUUUUUUUUUUUUUUUUUUUUUUUUU